AUGUCCAGAUAUGUUUGCUAUAGUAAACUUACUCCUCACUAUAGAGCCUUCCUGUCAAAAGUUGAGCAAGUGGUAGUUCCCAAGGAUAUUGCCGAGGCACUUGCACAAAAAGAAUGGAAGCAAGCAGUGUAUGACGAAAUUGGGGCGUUAGAAUCCAACACCACAUGGACAAUUGUCAAUCGACCUAGAGAUAAACAUGUGGUAGAGUGUAAAUGGGUGUUUACAGUUAAGCACAAGGCUAAUGGAACAAUUGACCGGUACAAGGCAAGACUAGUUGCAAAGGGGUUCACUCAAACACAUGGUGUAGAUUACAACAAGACAUUUUCUCCUGUUGCAAAGCUAAAUACUGUGAGGGUCCUGUUAUCUAUUGCUGCCAAUCUAGAUUGGCCCUUAUAG